AUGAAAACAACACGAGCUAACGAAGUGAUUUGUGCGGGCUAUAUGGCGAGAAACUGCGAUACGAUUCUGAUAGGUAUUCGGGCUUCUGAUGAGUCCCCGGAUCGUCCCGCAGAUGCACUGCAACCACUGACGUCACCACCUCCAAAUGACGUCAACAUCCUGAGGUCACCAUCUUUAAAUGAUGUCAACAUCAGAAUUGCCAGGAGUCUGAAAAGAAGUCCAGCAAGCAGGAAGAAAAAGAUGAUUCUGAUGAAAAGAGUGUUGGACUUGAAGGAUGAGCUGGACAGAGAGAGUCGCGACUACUUCAGCGCAAUCGGCAUCAGCCCCAACAGCUACGCAGGGAGCGACAACUACGGCAGCCGUGACUAUUGA